ACCAGGGCAAAGCUGUUUUCACUUUGGCCCCAACAGCAACCUUCCUUGUCUUUGAUGAAGGCAAGUCUCCAGAAGAUUUACAUUUUCUCUUCUAAUGCUCAGUCUUUGGAUUUAAAUCUUUCAGCUGCUCAAGAAUGACCACUUUGGUUUUUUCAAACCUCGGCUUGAUAAAUAUUGUGAUUGUGGCAUUAACUGGUUUGAGCUGCAGCAGUCCAAUCAAGUCUGCCGAGACUCACCACAGGACAUUAGUUGGCAUGGAUGCGAUCGACAAUCCUCUCCACAGUGCACAGGACUUUUUGAGUCACUUUCUGUCCACACUAAACCUCACCAGGUUAAGGUCCCAGCCUAGGAUGCCCACCACCCAGAAAGAGCCACUUUCAGAGUACAUGCUGGAGCUCUACAACCGAUUUGCCAAUGACCGCACUGCGGUACCAUCUGCCAGCAUUGUGCGCAGUUUCAAGAAUGAAGAUUAUUCCCUCCAAAAUAUUGCAACCACUGGAGUCCGGAUACAUCCCCUUCUAUUCAACAUCUCCGUACCACACCAUGAGCAUAUAACAACAGCUGAACUGCGACUCUUCAUGCUUGCACGUAAAGCCCAGAAACAUGCCGGCUUCAGCUGCAGGGUGACUAUCUACAAGAUACAUGAUGGUGCAGUUUGGACAAAAGAGGUGGGGAAAGAAGGGAGAGGGAGGGAUAAAGAGGAGGUGGCAGGGAUGAAGGAUGUGGAGGAACUGGUGACAAAGCACAUUCAUGCCAGAGAUAAUAGCUGGGUGUCAUUUGACCUCACUCAUGUGGUUACACUCUGGCAGAAGUCAGGGUACGCAGCUCAUAGGCUGGAGGUUCACAUUGAAAGCUUGGGGGCAGAUCAGCAAAUGGCCAUGCAACAAGAAAUAGGAGGUGGAAAAAGUUUGAUGGAGGUUGAUAUUGACAGGAGCAAGGAGGGGCAACACAAUUCAGUAAUUAUUGUGUUUUCAGAUGAAUCGACAAGAGAUCAAAAAGAAGACCGACAACAGCUCAGAAGUCAGAUGAUUAGACAUGAGAAUGACCUUCCUGAUAACACGAUUACAAGCCAACAACCUCUCAUUGAAAGUGCAAAUCGCAACUCUGACCACCCGGAACAGAACGACCUGGAUGAACAGUCUGUCUUGGAGCUGCAAUCCAACCUUAUCUACGACACACCCCCACGAAACCGCCGUAGUGCCAACCACGAGUCCUGCAGGCGGACACCUCUUUAUGUGGAAUUUAAAGACAUCGGAUGGGACUCAUGGAUUAUCCAGCCUCAGGGGUAUGAAGCAUACAAGUGCAAUGGUGUGUGCAGCACUCCCAUGACGUCAGAGGUUUCUCCCACCAAACAUGCCAUAGUGCAGACUCGGCUGAGUCUGAACCACCCUGAACAAACAACUGCUGCCUGCUGUGUCCCCACAAAGCUGAAGCCAAUCUCCCUUCUUUAUCGUGAUAACGAUGUGGUCACUUUCAACCACAAGUAUGAGGGGAUGGUGGUGGCAGAGUGUGGCUGUAGAUAACCUUCCAGAAAAAAAUAGACUUUUAGUUAAGUAUCUAAAACUAUCAAUCUAUUCAUCAGUCUCAUGUGAUUGUUUGUUUCCACAGAAUCUGAGAUUCCUCAUUGUAAAUUAGGGAUGAAUACAUGAUGCACAUUUGUAGCUGUAUAAAGCAUUCCCUGAGUGUCAUGUUAACAUAGAACAGACACAUUCAGAACUAAUGCUGCAAAGGGUCUCACAUUAGUGAUAUUUUACCAUUUUGUCCAUUUAAAAAUACGAAUUUUAGAGUAUUUCAUUGGGAUCUUAUAAGGUAUACCAACCCAAAGUAAUACAUAAAGUGUAACGUGAAAGGAAAAGGGUGGUAACUUUCAAGGAGCUGCAGAGAUCCAUAUUUAAGCGACAAUGUUAGUCAGUGCAGAACACUGAUAUUCCCAUUAUGAUUUUUGAAAGAAAUGGGCAAUAAGGUAUGUUUCUAAAUGUGUAAAGCUGAUAGAAAGAUACCCUCAAAUACCUGCAGCUGUAAUUGCAUUCGUGAGUUAUGGUUCUUCUGUAAAACAUUAGAGGAGACUGGAUACAAAUUUGCUAAACCCCUUAGUCUCUUUCAGUUUUUUUUUUUACUUAAUUAGCCGUUAAUUAAUUACGAAUUGAAAGGUAAAAAAUUGCUGAUUCCAUCCAUUUUAAGACAUAUCAUGAGAUUUAAAUGGGAGAGCUGUAUAGAUACAAGAGAUGCACUUUUAUUUUAAAAUAGGCCAUAAUAAGUUAAUAAGAGGCUAAAUCACCAUCCUGCUAAAAUGUUUGAAAAAAAAAUCGAAGACUUUCUCAUAUUUUGAAAUGUGAGUCCACAGGCAACUUGGAACCUCUGAGAUGAUUUUAAGACUGUGAUAUUAUUUCCUCAAAGUUUCCCACAAAAUAUGUAGAAAAUAUGUUUUUACUUGCUUGGGAUUGAAGGAGGAUUUCCAAAGUAUAUUGGAGCCACCUGGGACUUCUUUUCAUAAAAUGAUAUUUCUAGUUCUAUCCAAUGUGACUAUUGGCUGCUGUGAAAUAUUUCUUUAUAUUAUUAAUUCACAUGCUUUUGUUCACACACCUAUGUGAACAGUGUUGUGCUUAUUUAAAUAAAAU